GAUGCUUCUUGACACGACUCAUUCAACGGCUGAGAUGGGAUGGAGCACACAUCCAGACACUGGGUGGGAUGAGGUCAGUGUCCUGGACGAUCGCAACCAGUUGAUUCGCACCUACGAGGUCUGUAACUUCAACCUGCCCAAUCAGAACAACUGGCUGGCCACGCCCUUUGUGAUGCGAGGCCCCGCCACCCGCAUGCAUGUGACACUGCGCUUCAGCGUGCGAGACUGCAGCAGCGUGCGGAACGUGGGAGCAAGCUGCAAGGAGACUUUCACCCUGUACUACAAGGAAGCUGACUCCCAGACAGAGGCACUGCAGGGCUGGGGAGAGACGGAGGAUGACGGAGAGCCGGGAGGUGGUGGCUGGGUGAAGAUUGACACCAUCGCUGCUGAUAAGAGCUUCUCCAGAGUGGAACAGAGCCAACAAUAUGAGAGCAAGAAGGGCCACAGAAUGAACGUCAAGACCAGGAGCUUCGGACCACUCACUCACAAAGGCUUCAUUCUGGGUUUUGUGGACAGUGGCGCCUGCAUCUCUCUGGUUGGUGUUUCACUGUUCUACAGGAAGUGCCCCGAGACAUUCCAUAGCCUUGCUCACUUCCCGGAUAUGCCCUCAGGGGCAGAGCCCUCCUCGCUGGUGCCGGUGGACGGGAGCUGUGUGCCUAACGCCCAAUCCCAGACAGCCACGCCCCCCAAGUUGCACUGCAAUGCUGAUGGUGAUUGGAUGGUGCCUGUGGGGGUGUGUGUAUGUGAGGCGGGGUUUGAGUCCAAUCAGAACGGGAGCGCUUGUACUGCCUGCCGUCCUGGUCACUUCAAGUCUGAUGUCUCCAAGUCCUCCAGCUGCUCUCCUUGCCCUGCUCAGUCUCACAGUUCCAGGGAGGGCUCCUCAGUGUGUCAGUGUCUCAGUGGCUUCUACAGAGCCCCAGAGGAGAGCAGUGAUUCACCCUGCACUGCCCCCCCUUCUGCCCCUCAGGACCUGCACUGGGAGUCAGAGGGCUCUGGUCUGACCCUGCGUUGGAGGGCUCCCCUGUCGCUGGGGGCCCGCGAGGACCUGCGGUACAAUGUGCUGUGCAGGAUGUGCCCUGCGCCCCCCACGGUCUGUCUCCGCUGCGGGGAUGGAAUCACAUUCACCCCAGGGCAACAAGACCUGAGUCAGACCAGGGUGCAGGUUCACAACCUGCUCCCCAGGGUGCACUACACCUUCCAGGUUCAGGCAGUGAAUGGAGUUACUGAUCAAAGUCCACAGGCCCCACGGUAUAGCACUGUGAACGUCAGCAUCAGCCAGUCAGUGCCAUCUUCAGUACCCAUGAUGCACCAGGUUAGCCGCACCCCUGAUUCUAUCACGCUCUCCUGGCCACAACCAGACAAUCCCAACGGGGACAUUCUGGAUUACCAAAUCCGCUACUUCGACAAGUCCGGGGAUGAGGAGAGCUCUGUGCUUCUCUCCAGUGAGACGAAUAUGGCCACGGUUCAGGGUCUGAGCUCAGGGACGAUCUACGUCUUCCAGAUCCGCGCCAGGAAUGAGAUGGGAUACGGAGCAUACAGUGGGAAACUGUACUUCCAGACACUGCUGGAGGAGGAGCGCUCGGAGGCAGUUCAGAAAAAGCUCCCCCUGAUGGUGGGCUCAGUGAUGGGAGGAAUGGCUUUCCUACUGGUGGGAGCCGUGCUGGUACUAAUCUUCGUCUUCAGGAGCAAACGAAGAGAAAGCACGUACAGUGACAGACUGCAGCGUUACAUCAGCACUAGAGGAGGCGGAGCCAAGUACUAUGUUGACCCCUCGACCUAUGAGGACCCUAACGAGGCUAUCCGGGAGUUUGCCCGGGAAAUCGAUCCAGCUCACGUGAAGAUUGAAGAAGUUAUUGGAGCCGGUGAGUUUGGAGAGGUGUGCAGAGGCAGACUGAAGCCCGCUGGGAAGCGAGAGAUGACCGUGGCAAUUAAGACCCUUCGCUCGAGCUGCCUGGACUCUGAGAAGUGUUCCUUCCUCAGCGAGGCCAGCACCAUGGGUCAGUUCGACAACCCCAAUGUCCUGAAACUGGAGGGAGUAGUGACCCGCAGUCGGCCAGUUAUGAUCAUCUCAGAGUUCAUGGAGAAUGGAGCGCUUGACAGCUUCCUCCGGGAGAACGAGGGUCAGUUUAGCAUGCUGCAGUUGGUUGGAAUGCUCCGUGGGAUUGCAGCAGGGAUGCGCUAUCUGUCGGAGAUGAAUUUCGUGCACCGGGACCUGGCUGCUCGCAAUGUGCUGGUGAACUCUAACCUGGUGUGCAAGGUGGCUGACUUCGGGCUGUCCCGAUUCCUGAGAGGGGAUGAUGAGUCCCUGCCGACCUACACUGCAGCACUGGGCAGUAAGAUUCCUAUUCGCUGGACUGCUCCAGAGGCCAUUCAGUAUAGGAAGUUCACAUCAGCCAGUGACGUGUGGAGCUUCGGCAUCGUGAUGUGGGAAGUGACAUCAUACGGGGAGCGGCCCUAUUGGGACAUGAGUAACCAGGAGGUGAUAACAGCAGUGGGAGAUGAAUACCGCCUCCCCGCCCCUCCUAACUGCCCUGGGACUUUACACUCCCUCAUGCUAGACUGCUGGUUGAAGGACCGGUCCGAGAGACCCGGGUUCGAGCAGAUAGUGUCCAUGUUAGAUAAGCUCAUCAGACACCCCGCUGGGCUGAAGGCAAUAUCCACACACACCAACAGCUCUGUCUCUGAUUGGCUGGAUGCUCUCAAGAUGGGCCGAUACAAAGAGGAAUUCAGCAGAGCGGGAAUGAAUUCGCUAGAAAUUGUGUCCAGGAUGACACUCGAAGAUAUUCAACGCGUGGGAGUUUCGCUCCUGGGACACCAGAAAAAGAUCCUGAACAGCAUCCAGCUGCUGAGAGUGCACCAGAACCAAAGCCAAAUCGAGGUGUAGAAAGGGGUCAGGAGAGGUGAGGUGGGAUGAUACUGUGUUGAAUUCACUGGCAGAUCCGAGUCUGUACGUGUCAUGUAAAGAUAUUUAAAAUCUCGGUCCAAAAUUGUAUAAAGUCAACCUUUUUAUCUCUUCGAUGUACGUUUGUAACGUCUAACUGUU